AUGAAGGAAACGGAAGGCUCUUCGGACUUUAAAGAGAUACGGGCGGACCAACUGAGACUGCCAGCCGCUCAGCUUCAAGGGAUUGCCCCACCCGUACCUCCACCAGGUGCUCCCAACUCACUGGUGAGCGCAGCCGCCCGGACGCUGGAUGCAGGGGCUGCCGCGAUGGCCCCGUGCGCGGGACAUUCAGGGACUCGGGGACCGCUACUGCGGGGACUGCUGCUCUUGGCAGCAGCCUUGAGCCGGCCUGCCGCGCCCUGUCCCUUCCAGUGCUACUGUUUUGCUGGCCCCAAACUGCUACUGCGCUGCGCGUCGGGCGCAGAGCUCCGGCAGCCGCCGCGGGACGUGCCGCCCGACGCGCGCAACCUCACCAUCGUGGGCGCCAACCUGACCGUGCUGCGCGCUGCCGCCUUCGCCGGCGGGGACGCGGACGGGGAGGAGGAGGCGGGUGUGCGCCUGCCGCUGCUGACCGCGUUGCGCCUUACGCAAAACAACAUUGAGGUGGUGGAGGACGGCGCCUUCGACGGCUUGCCCAGCCUAACGGCGCUGGACCUGAGUCAGAACCCAUUGCGCGUCCUGGGCGGCGCCGCCUUCCGCGGGCUACUCGCGCUUCGCUCGCUGCAGCUCAACCAAGCGCUGGCGCAGGGUGGCCCCGCGCUGCUAGAGUCGCUGGACGCCGCGCUCACCCCGCUGGCCGAGCUGCGCUUCCUGAGCCUGGUGGGCAACGCACUGAGCCACCUGCCCCCUGCUGCCCUGCGCCUGCCGCGCCUGGAGAAGCUGGACGCGCGCCGCAACGCGCUACCGGGUUUGGACACCGACGAGCUUCGCGCGCUGGAGCGCGAUGGCGACCUCCUGGGACCGCGCCUCUUGCUCGCCGACAAUCCUCUGCGCUGCGGCUGCACCGCGCGCCCCCUGCUGGCCUGGUUGCGCAACGCCACGGAGCGCGUACCUGACGCGCGGCGCCUCCGCUGCGCCGCCCCGCGGCCUCUGCACAACCGCUCUUUCUUGGAGCUGGAUGAGGCGUGGCUGCGCUGCGCGGAUGACAGAGGCGACGGUCGCGGGGAAGAAGUGGAACUUGCAGGCCCGGAGCUAGAAGCCUCUUACGUCUUCUUCGGGCUAGUAUUGGCACUCAUCGGCCUCAUCUUCCUUAUGGUGCUCUAUCUAAACCGCCGCGGCAUCCAGCGCUGGAUGCGCAAUUUGCGCGAGGCUUGUCGGGACCAGAUGGAAGGCUACCACUAUCGCUAUGAGCAGGACGCCGACCCACGCCGCGCGGCCACCCCAGCUGCCCCCGCUGGCUCGCGUGCCACCUCCCCCGGCUCGGGUCUCUGA